AUGGAGCGUGUGCAGAUAAAUCAGUCUGUACCAAACAAAUAUCACCGCCCUGAGGCAACUUAUAAAAGUUGUUCUCAAUCGCUGCCGCUUGAUAUACUGUGGUUGCCGCGUUCUUCGUUUCGACCGGCGGAAGGUGAAUUGGCGGACUGCGUGUUAGUUGUGGGCGUGUCUCGACCCAAGCUAGCUGCGGCCUUACUCUCUGUCACGCUACUAUCACUCUUUCUUACCUUCCAUGUCCUGUAUGACAGUGCGUUAUAUAGUAUUCAAGCAGCGAGUAUGGCCUCAGUCGCACACGAGAACCGUAAUAUUCUACAAAACCAACAAACGAAUACUCGUACCAUAAACCAUCCAAUGUCAUUGCGGAAACGACUUAAACUUCCACGACCCCCACGGCCGGUGCGCAGACUUCCUCAGGCUUUAAUUAUCGGAGUACGAAAAUGUGGAACUCGUGCUCUCUUGGAAAUGCUGUAUCUUCAUCCUAUGGUACAGAAAGCGUCAGGUGAAGUCCAUUUCUUUGACCGCGACGAGAAUUAUGCUCUUGGACUUGAUUGGUACAGGAGUAAAAUGCCACUAUCCUUCAAAGGGCAAAUUACGAUUGAAAAGAGCCCAAGUUACUUUGUAACACCUGAGGUGCCUGAACGCGUUCGCGCAAUGAAUUCCUCCGUGCGGUUACUUCUCAUAGUCCGGGAGCCAGUGACUCGCGCUAUUUCCGAUUACACGCAGUUGCGUAGUCGUGCCACUCCAUCUGUUCCAGCGCAUGCCCUUGCAGGCCUUACUCCUCAUCUAACCCCUGACGCUGCAAAGCCAUUUGAACAUCUUGCAAUAUCUCCUGAUGGAUCGAUUAAUGUCGCUUAUAGACCAAUAGCGAUAUCUCUGUACCACGCUUACAUGCACCGGUGGCUCGAAGUGUUUCCCCGUGAACAGAUAUUGGUUGUAAAUGGUGAUCAACUCAUAGAAGACCCAGUGCCACAGUUGCGUCGCAUAGAGAAAUUCCUGGGGCUAGAACACAAAAUUGGUAGGAAGAAUUUCUAUUUCAACGAAACGAAGGGAUUUUACUGUUUACGUAAUGACACUACUGACAAAUGUCUUAGAGAGACCAAGGGCCGCAAGCAUCCAAGGGUUGAUCCAGCUGUCGUAACUAAACUGCGUAAGUUUUUCGUGCAGCACAAUCAACGAUUUUAUGAUCUCGUCGGUGAGGAUCUUGGAUGGCCUGAAGAU